AUGCGUCUUUUUAGGUGUCAAGAUGCCAGAUAUAUGGUUCUGACUCCAAAGUCGAUCCAAUCAUGUGUUCCGUAUUCAUUUAGUGCCCGAGCCUUUGGCAACCAUUCCUACACAUUGAAGGCGGAACUUCAACGUUCCUAUAGUGGGAAUACAAUUUCUUCAAUUACCACUGAAAUAUUGCCAGGCGAUACAAACACCAUUACGUUACAGGUUCCAUGUAAUUUAACUUCUUGGAGCAUCUAUCUUAUUCUGGCGGGUACUGGUGAAACUACGUUUUAUAAUCGUCAAUAUCUGAGUGUGAACAGCAAAAAUAUGGAAAUCAUCAUACAAACUGAUAAAAAGGUAUAUAAACCAGGGCAAACAGUAAAAUAUCGGGUAUUUGGUGUUCGCUCGGAUUUACAAGUGGUAUGUUCUAACUAUACCGUUACUGUCACAGACCCCAAGAGAAACAAAAUUCAUUUAUACACUUCUGCUGGAGAUGACUAUUGUAUAGUUGAAAGGGAUUUAAAGCUGCCGAAGGAACCAAUAUUUGGAGCAUGGAAAAUAAAAGCGUCAGUAGAGAAAAUGGAGCAUACACAGACAUUUAAAAUUGAGAAAUAUGUAUUACCUAAAGCUGAAGCUAAAGUUAUAAUGCCGUCUAUUGUAAGUCAGAAGGAUAACUCGAUUACAGUACAGGUUUCAUCUCAAUAUACGUUUGGUAAGCCAGUAAAUGGAUCUGCUAGAUUAAGGAUAAUUGUUAACUAUUAUCCUAAAAGAAAAUAUCAAAAAGAUCCAGAUACAGGAAAAUAUGGUUACGUUGAUCUGACCCAGCCUGAACUUAUAUAUGACAUGCAGUUGGAUAAAAAUGGGAAAGGUACAACUGUUAUUACAACAGAAGAAUUAAAGACAAUAGCCUAUAGAGGAUAUCUUUCCUACAAGACAAUAAUUGGUCAAGUAAAUGUGACUGAUGACACAACUGAAGCGACGUACAUCUCUCAAACCAGUCAAAUUUCAGUGACUAGGACAAGAGAAAAGUUAAGCUUUGUUCUAAAUCCACAGAACUACAAGCCUGCACUAGUUAACAGAUUGUAUAUUGAACUCAAGCAGAUUGAUGGCAAACCAGUUUUGGAACCAGGUAAUAUUAUUGAAGAACCAGCUGCAGAACCACCACCACCAUCCGAGAACCCGGACAACUCAUCCACGCCAACUCCUCCUACUACUCCACGAAGGAGAUAUGGUCAUCAUGGCUGGGGCUAUGGUCGCUAUGGCUACCCGCCUUGGUAUGACCCUAACUGUAAGGAUCCACAAUAUAGAUAUGAAAAUUUACCAGAAAAAUAUUUGACUGUACCAGCCAACGGUUUACUGACGUAUGAUUUAUUGGUGAAUGAAACCGAUUCUGUUGAAGUUUAUCUGAAGGUAAAUUAUGUAGAAGAUACUGACGUAUAUACAUCAAGGACUCUAACAUCUUUCAAAUCCCCGAGCAACACAUUCUUGUCUGUCUCUCUUAAAACUAACAAACCAGCGUCUGGACAAAAAGUUGAGCUCGAACUCAAAGCUACUCGAGAAUUUAGCAGAGUUUAUUACACAAUUCUGUCUCGAGGGGUGCUGAUAACAGAAAAUCACCAAGAUUUCAGUACACCAAGUAAAUCUCAAAUUCUCAGCUUUUCCGUAACUAGCGAUAUGGCACCAAAGCUUAAAAUCAUAGUAAAUAUUAGAGUGGAAGAUAAAGAAAUUGUUGCUGAUGCUAUCUCAUUUAAUGUUGAGGGAUUUUACAAUAACAAGGUAUCAUUAAUGUUCGAUUCGGAUAAAGUAGAAACUGGAUCCAUAUCAACUCUCAGUGUUAAAGCUUACAGCAAUUCUAAUGUAUAUGCUGUGGCUGUUGAUAAAAGCACCACUUUACUUGGGGAAGCAUCAGAUGAUUUCAGCCAAGAGGUGAAAGAAUUCUUAGACAAAGUUAGCAGUAGGAAUUAUUAUAGAAAGAAGAGGGGAGCUCUCUUUGGAAAGAGGAGUGAAUCUGAAAAACGUUCUCGCACUAAACGAUCAGUAUGGUGGCCAUACGCUUAUACCACAUCUGGAACCGAUGUUGAUGAUAUAUUCAGAUAUACUGGUUUAAAUGUUAUAUCUGAUGCCUUAGUCUAUAAAUACCAAACACCAGAACCAUGUCGGCGUUAUUAUGGUCGAUAUGGAUAUCCAGGAACACAACCACCUGCUGGGACAUCAGCUACCAUGCCUCCGGAAGCAUUUCAACCAGCUCAAGCUCCCGAUGUUGCAUCCAGGAAUUUUGAUGAGGAAGUUUCUGCUAGAUCAUUCUUUCCAGAAACUUGGAUUUGGGAGUCACAAAAUGCUGGCUCUAUAGGGAUCGCCAACUUCACAUUAAAAGUACCAGACACUAUCACAACCUGGGUUGCCAGUGCUUUUGCUGUCAGUCCAAAUCCCUUAAUUGGAGUUGGUAUGACGUCAGACGUAGCUGAGCUGACAGCGUUUACAGAGUUUUUUGUUAUGUUAAAUCUGCCCUAUUCUGUUGUUAGAGGUGAAGAACUGGUUAUAAAAGCCAGUGUGUUUAACAAUCUUGGUUUUGAUACAGAGGCUGAAGUAAUGUUAGAGAAUCCAAAAGGAUUUGUUAUUAUUCAAGUUGAUGCUGACGGAUUUGAAGUCGAGUCCAUGGUAACAGAGACCACAAGAAUAAACGUACCCAAAGAUGGAGCUGCUACUGCUUAUUUUACUGUUAGAUUUCUGGAAGUUGGAUAUAUCGAUCUACAGGUUUAUGCUCGAACUGUUACAUUACAAGCUGGUGACAGGAUUUUGAAGCCAAUGUUCGUUGAGGUUGAAGGAAUACCACAAGAAUACAAUGAAGUAGUGAUUGUAGAAUUGGUUGAACAGAAUUAUUUCAAUAGAAGCGUAGAAAUACGAUAUCCCAGUAAUGUUGUACCAGAUUCGCAAAAAGUUGUCGUUACUGCUUAUGGAGAUCCACUCAGCUCGGCUCUACAGGAUACUGAAAAAUGGAUCAAAAGGCCAUAUGGUUGUGGAGAACAGAAUAUGAUCAACUUUGUACCUAAUAUUUAUACCUGGGCAUAUCUUCAUUGUACUGGACAAUUGACCCCGGCUAUACAAACCAAAAUAAAGAAUUAUUUAGGAAUUGGUUACAGUGGAGAAAUGAGAUAUCAACGAAAUGAUUAUUCAUUCAGUGCGUUUGGUGACAGAGAUAGCUCUGGUAGUCAGUGGCUAACAGCCUAUGUAGUAAGAACAUUCAGUGAAGCUCGUCAAUACAUCUAUGUUGAUGAAAAAAUAUUAGAGUAUGCUGUUAAUUACUUGAUAAAUAAUCAGAAUGAAGACGGUACCUUUAAUGAACCUGGCCGUGUGAUUCAUAAGGAAUUAAAGGGCAGUUCAUUUGAAGGAAAUGGUUUGAAUGCCUUUACUUUGAUUGCUCUUUCUGAAAAUUCUGAAAUAAUGCAGCAGACGACACUUGGAAUAGUUUGCGAUUUCAGCAUCCACUGGAAGCGGACGUUAACUUGUCAUCUACCAACAAACCAACCAUCUUGGGAUUCCGAGUACAGUUGGGGAUUAUAA